ACUCUGACAGCGCGGAGGUGCGCCGACCAGGAGCCGGGAACAAAGGAGCCAAGUGGGGAGAGGAGCUUGUCUGGGGAGGGCGAACCCCGGCAGCCGCCAGAAGAUCCCUGCAGGAGGAAGCCCAAGUGUCAGUUGAAUUCCAUCCAAGGACCAGACGCCUGGGACCAGAGCGCCUUGUUUAGCAAUAACGGCUGGAGCACCUACUCCAAGUUACGGGAGAGUCUGCGGUGCAGGAGGACCCACGCCUGCCCUCUCGACCACCACUCCUGGCUCCUCUGGCCCCCAGUCUUCCCUCCCGCGGGAAGUGGAAAUCCAGAAUGAAAAGUAAGAAAGGUGUUGUUGCAGCAUCUGGCAGUGAGACUGAGGAUGAUGACAGCAUGGACAUUCCCCUAGACCUUUCCUCUUCAGCUGGCUCAGGCAAGAGAAGGAGAAGAGGCAACCUGCCCAAGGAAUCUGUUCAGAUUCUCCGGGAUUGGCUGUAUGAACACCGAUACAAUGCUUAUCCCUCAGAGCAAGAAAAAGCAUUACUGUCCCAACAAACACAUCUAUCCACACUACAGGUCUGUAACUGGUUCAUCAACGCCCGCCGCAGGCUCCUCCCUGACAUGCUGAGAAAGGAUGGCAAAGAUCCAAAUCAGUUCACAAUUUCCCGCCGUGGGGCCAAGAUUUCUGAAGCUAGCUCUGUGGAGUCAGCAAUGGGCAUCAAAAACUUCAUGCCAGCUCUAGAGGAGAGCCCGUUUCAUUCCUGUACAGCUGGACCAAACCCCACCCUAGGGAGGCCACUGUCUCCUAAGCCAUCAUCCCCAGGAUCAAUUUUGGCUCGGCCAUCAGUGAUCUGCCAUACCACGGUGACUACAUCAAAAGACGUGCCUUUCCCGCUCUGCCAGUCGAUAGGUGUGGGACAAAACACAGAUUUACAGCAGAUAGCAGCCAGCAACUUUAUAGACACCUCCCUUAUGUACCCAGAGGACACAUGUAAAUCUGGACCAAGUACAAAUACACAAAGUGGUCUUUUCAACACUCCUCCUCCUACCCCACCGGACCUCAACCAGGAUUUUAGUGGAUUUCAGCUUCUAGUGGAUGUUGCACUCAAAAGGGCUGCAGAGAUGGAGCUUCAGGCAAAACUUACAGCUUAACCCUUUUUCAAGCAAAGCAGUUCUUAAAAAUGUCAUGAUUGCCGGGGUGAUGGCAAGAGACAAAUUGCAUUAUUUUAUAUAUAUAUUUUUUUUUAUUAAUAUUUGCACAUGGGAUUGCUAAAAUGAAGCUUCCUGUUACUGAGAUGUCUUCAAUGGAAUACAGUCAUUCCAAGAACUAUAAACUCAAAACUACUGUAGAAACAAAGGGUUUUCUUUUUUAAAUGUUUCUUGGUAGAUUAUUCAUAAUGUGAUAUGGUUCCCAAGAUCAUGUGAUUUUCCCCUCUCCCCUUUCUUUUUUUUGGUUGGUUUUUUCAGACUGUGCAAUACUUAGAGAACUUAUAGCAUCUUUUCAUUCCCAUGUGGAACAGGAUGCCCACAUACUGUUUAAUUAAUAAAUUUUCCAUUUUUUAAAAAAUAUGAAUCUAGCUGAUAAAUGAUGCCUUUUUUCAUGACAUAAUAAAGUAUUUUCUUUAAAAA